AUGAAGUUCUUCCUCCCCGCCUUUCAUUUCGCUGCUACCGCCAUGGCCCUGCCUAGCUCGGGCUCUGCUGCCGGCAUUACUCCCCACUCCAACGAGGUUGAGGACGCUGUGAACAAGUGUGGUGAUGGUGCUCACAUGUCCUGCUGCAACAAGAUCAACAAGAAUGAGGGUAUUAGCCAGAACAACAUUGGAGUCCUCUCCAAUGUCCUCGGAGCCAUUGGUAGCGAGGGUCUCGGUCUUGGCCAGGGCUGCACUCAGCUUGACAUCCCAGUCUCUGUCCUUGGAGCUGCUGGCCUGACUGAUUUUCUCAAGAAGAACUGCCAGCAGAGCGUUGCCUGCUGCCAGAACUUCAACUCCCAGGCUAAUGACAAUCUCGUCGGUAUCGCCGCUCCUUGUGUCAGCUUCGGCGACCUUCUGUAA